UGCUCCUUCCGGCACCAAGAAAGCAAGGAAUGAGCGGUCAGAAUGAGGAAUGAGGAAAUCAAAGUGAGCAAUGAGGAGGAGCCAUUGUAAAGAGCAACGAGCAUUGCAGUAAGCAGCUAGCCCGUGAAUACAUGAUCCAGUGGACUCUGCAGCAGCAGAGGCUAUUAGAAUCCAAUCAGAAGCCAUGAGAUACGUCAGCAGGAAGUCCCCAGGAAGUCAUCCCUGCAAGCUUUAAGAUUUGGGGCGUCCUGCAGAUACCCUUGGAGUUCUGGUUGAUGUUUGAGGCUCUACUUGACUAGGAAGGCUUGAGAUGUAGAAGCUUGGGUAAAGUUCUUGUCUCUAUUAGCAACUUGCAUACUUCUAACAACAUGUUGGCAAGACCCCGUUUGGCCUCAUCGUUUCUGCUCAUUCUAGCCUUGAGUUGUCUACUUCAGACAAUCUGCGCAGACUAUGUAGUAACAUGGCCACGGCCAGGGGCCCCAGAGCCCCCAGGCAUUACUCCUGGCGAAUGCCCUCUGACUUACCACGAGCCAGACAUCCAACAAGCGAAGCAAGUCUGUUCCUCUGGGGCCAGCUCUGGCUGCUGCAAUCAGCUGCAGGCAACCUUAUUCUCGGCCAGGGUCCGUUACGCCAACGACACGGGGCGCUUACUCCUGCCUCAAGCAUCAGCUGAUGCAUGCGUGCAGAGUCUUGGAAGUGCCGUGGCGUUCGCUGAGACACCCCUCGUUGGUACUUGCGGCAUCACAAGCAGGCCCUUGUCAGAGGACUCUGGGAGGGCAUGCGGAGAGGACCUUACAAGUGUGUAUGACUUCUGGAAUGCUGCAGACCGCACCUUUCCAGGUCUGGUCGGUCCGAGUUGCUACGGGCAAAGGGACUGCAGCGUUUGUACCUCUCUCAUCACAUCCGAGAUCAUGGCACUGGGCCGCAGCACCACGGCCCUUCUCAGCACGCCAUCAUGUCAAGAUCUGGCUCAAGUAGCAAUGACGGCAGCAGCGUAUCCCGUCACACUCGCCAACAGCAUGGCACGCUGCCUCCAUCUGAUCGAAAUUACGCCCGUUCCUCAGCGUCCAAAGUGCACCAUCUUCGAUUGGGAUUCCAUAGAGUACACGGGUGUUGUGCCCUGCUGUGGACCGCAGCAGGUUCGGCCGGACCGCUGCUGUGAAAUGAUCCUGGGAAUGUACGGCCAAGUCCAUUCGCUGUAUCUGAACCAAACGGGCCACGGAUUCGUCGAGGACCAAGCCGAGGCAUGUGCAGCCGAGUUCAAAGCGCAGCUCGCUGCCCGGGGAGUCCCCCCUUCAGUUCCGGACAACUGCCUGAUAACGCCUGCCCUUCUGCUUAACGGCGUCGGUUGUUACAACUACACCACAAUCCUGCAAAGGGUCCCGGCUCCUGUGUAUGAGCAAAUAGAGGCUGUGUGCAAUCCGGCUACAAGCAAUUGCAGCCAGUGCGUACCGGUCUUCUUGUCCUUGGGUGCGGAGCUGGCUAAUACCACUAGUACCACUUAUCUCAACCAAUGCAUGCUCACUUUUGGGACGCAAUACUUCGGCGGGUUCUCAACCAUGGAAGAUGUUACCGACCGGCUGAAUUGCUUCUACCAAUUUCCCCCGGGGUUAGAGCUAAGCCUUCCGAGCCCCCGGUCAAAGAGCAGCCGCCGUAACGUCGGCCUCAUUACAGGCAUAAGCACAGCGAUUGCUGUAACGGUCGUAGCGUUUAUCUGUCUUGCGUUACUUUUCUGGCGGCGCUCUUCGGUCCUGGUGGACGCGAAAACGCUCGAUCGUAUGGCGUCCUUGAAACGGAGCCCGAACAACAAAGGGCUCAAAGUGUUCAGUCGGAGGCAGCUGCGGCAGGCAACAAACAACUUCGAUGAAAGCGCGUUGAUAGGCCAGGGCGGCUCAGGGAAGGUCUAUGUGGGGCUGCUGAAAGGCCAUGCAGUGGCGAUCAAGGAAGCCUUGUAUUCGUGCAACAGCAAACGCGGUGCGCAGGAAGCGUGGAACGAGCUUACUACGCUAGCCUGCUGCCGGCACCGCAACCUGGUGGUUCUCAAAGGAUGUUGCGUCGAUCGAUCGCACAUCAGCCUUGUUUACGAGUUAAUGGAAGAAGGCAGCCUGGAGGAUCACCUCUUUGAAAUUCAUACGGACACUCAGAGGUGCCCGGGCAGAAGCAUUACCGUCCGCUUCUUAGACUGGCCCACCCGCCUGAAGAUCGCCCAGGGAACUGCCAGCGGUCUGGCUUAUCUGCACGAUGAGUGCACCCCCCGCAUCAUACACCGAGACGUCAAACCGAGCAACAUUCUGCUGACGUCGUCCACUUUCGAGCCGAAGCUCGCCGACUUUGGUCUUGCGAGGCUGGCCGCUUUUGACGAGACGCACGUGACCACGGGGAUUGCGGGCACGUGGGGUUACCUGAGCCCCGAGUAUAUGGCCGCCGGGCAGCUGACGGAGAAGGCUGACGUGUACAGCUUCGGGGUGGUGCUGCUGACGUUGCUGGCCGGCCGACGGCCUCAGUUACCAGACGCACCAGCGGACGAGGUUUUCUUGCCGGAGUGGGCUUGGAGUCUGGCGGAACGGAAUGAGCUGGGGCUGCUAAUUGAUCCGCGGCUCGAGAAGGAACGGAACGAACACGGCGACAGCAUGGACCGGAUGACAAGGCUCGCCCUCUUUUGCGUCCACACCGCCACCGCCAUCCGCCCAAGCAUGCGUCGGUGCGCGGACAUUCUUACAAACAGUCUAGAGGUUCCGCCCCUUCCUUAUCGACCCGUGACCCUCCAUACGAUCGCGUCCAUGUCGUCGUCCGACUCCUCAGCGGUCGCCUCAGCUGUUACUGAUCCCAGUAGCCGACACUCAUUGGACUAGAGGCUGACGGUCAGAUUACGAGUAGUAAGUGUGCGAAAGAAAGCUUUGUUUCAGCGAUUGGGGAAGGUCGUAUGUAAUCCAAGCUUGAUCAUAGAUUGCGUCAAAAUGCCUAAACAAGGAAUGAGUUCAUCAUGUCUAAACGGUCUACCAGACAAGCGGAAAAGUGGCGUAUUUAUUUGGACUGAGUUAGAUAUGCGGCCAAGAAUGUUCUGAAACGUCCCUAGCUGAAGGACCGUUUGUAAACAGGACUUGAUAACGCGAGCUAUAUUACGUUGAUAAAAUUCAAAAGUGUGUGGUAACGACAGGCCUGCGACCUUAUGGAAGCGCCAGGCCCCUAUGGUUCAUAGGCUAUGCCGGAGGGGUCGGGGGUCGGGAUGCCCGGCCCCGGCGGUGAAGUGACCGGGCUGGGUUGGGUGGAAAUGCAAGGUCGCGCCAACUGCGCCUCAGGCUUGCGAGGCGCGGCGGGGCCUCGCAAGCGCGGCCGCGGCACGUGAACCGCUG